CACGUCUUCAUGUUAAAACCAAAUAAGGAAAUGACGUCCUGCUCGAGUUCCUCAAAUAGAAAAGUGAGUAAAAGCUGCCGACGAGGUCAGGAUAAGUCCUGCAGACACACACCAGGGACAGGAUGGGGGACAUCGUGGAGGAUGAGACCAGCUUUUACUCCAAUGCUGAGGACUACUGGAAGGAGGUUCCUCCCACAGUGGACGGGAUGCUGGGAGGUUACGGCAGCAUUUCCAACAUAGACAUCAACGGGUCCAAGGCUUUCCUGAAGAAGUUCAUCAGAGAAGGCGAAGGGAAGACCGGGUCGGGCUGUGCUCUGGACUGCGGCGCCGGUAUUGGUCGGAUCACCAAACGGCUGCUGCUGCCUUUGUUCCAAACCGUGGACCUGGUGGACGUGACCAAGGAGUUCCUGGACAAGGCCAGGUCGUACCUGGGAGAGGACGGGAAGAGAGUGGAGAACUACUUCUGCUGUGGACUGCAGGACUUCGUCCCAGAGACGGGGCGGUAUGAUGUCAUCUGGAUCCAGUGGGUCAUAGGUCACCUGACAGACGAUCACCUGGUGGAUUUCCUGCGUCGAUGUCAAAAGGGUCUGCGUCCCAACGGCCUCGUCAUCAUCAAAGACAACGUGUCGUAUGAAGGAAUUGUCCCGGACGAGGUGGACAGCAGCGUGUGUCGUGACCUGGAAAUAGUCCGGCGCCUGGUGGGCAGAGCCGGUCUCAGAAUCAUCCACGAGGAGCAACAGAUGAACUUCCCAAAGGAAAUCUAUCAAGUCCACAUGUUGGCUCUAAGAUAGAGGAGGUGUCCUUGUGUCCAGCGGUUUGUGAUUCAGAACCUGGUGCUGCCCGAGUCAGUCGGUGCACCAGAAUCGAUGCACCGGUGAACUUUUCUUGAACACAAACGUUUUCACGGAGGCUGACUGUUGUUAAAGCAGAGCGUCUUGUCUGGUGACAAAAACCUCAUCAGCUGAUCUGGGGUCAGGAGAAUCUCUGCUUCUUCCUAGACAAACUCACAGCGGUAACUGAUGCUAGAAAACCUGCAUCACCAUGGUAACUGAUGCUGGAAACCUGCAUCACCAUGGUAACUGAUGCUGGAAACCUGCAUAACCAUGGUAACCGAUGCUGGAAACCUUCAUCACCAUGGUAACCAAUGCUGGAAACCUGCAUAACCAUGGUAACCAAUGCUGGAAACCUGCAUCACCAUGGUAACCGAUGCUGGAAACCUGCAUAACCAUGGUAACCGAUGCUGGAAACCUGCAUAACCAUGGUAACCGAUGCUGGAAACCUGCAUCACCAUGGUAACCGAUGCUGGAAACCUGCAUCACCAUGGUAACCAAUGCUGGAAACCUGCAUCACCAUGGUAACCGAUGCUGGAAACCUGCAUCACCAUGGUAACCGAUGCUGGAAACCUGCAUCAAUUCAAUUCAAUUCAAGUUUAUUUAUAUAGCGCCAAAUCACGACAAGAGUCGUCUCAAGGCACUUCACAUAAUAAACAUUCCAAUUCACAGUUCAUUAAGCCAAUCAGAAAUAAUGUUUCCUAUAUAAGGAACCCAGCAAAUUGCAUCAAGUCACUGACUAGUGUCAGUGACUUUACAGCAAUCCUCAUACUAAGCAAGCAUGCAGCGACAGUGGAGAGGAAAACUCCCUUUUAACAGGAAGAAUCCUGGCUCAGUAUAAGAAGCCAUCCUCCACGACUCACUGGGGAUCGAGAAGACAGAACACACACACACACACACACACACUCACACACACACACAGUGUCUAUAGUUACAUUGUGAUGUCUUAGUAAAUAUUGUAUUUGGUGAUCACCGUGGUAACAUGCUGAAAACCUGCAUCACCGUGGUAACGGAUGCUGGGACCGUGCAUCACCGUGGUAACAUGCUGGAAACCUGCAUCACCAUGGUAACUGAUGCUGGGAACCUGCAUCACCGUGGUAACCGAUUCUAGAAACCUGACCUGCUCUGACAUAAGAAACAAGAACUUCUAAAUCUAGUUUUUAUUUGGUACAAAAUAAAAAUAUCUAAAAUCAUGUCUGAAGAACAAACCUCCAAAGCAUUUUAAAUAAAAUCCAACCAUGAACAAA